AUGAGAAGUUUUGAAGAAGAGGUCCUGUUGAGCCCCUUGGCGGUCGUCCCGGCGGUGGAUGCAAAUACAGGAGUUGCCGGCAUCGGGAGCUCCCCUAACUUCUCCGGAUGGCUUUCCAACUGCCGAGGGUUGUGGUACAACCUCGCCCUGAUUGUGCCUUCGGCACUUUUUGUCGCAUUCCUGGCCUCGCAGGCGAGGAAGAGCCUCACAAAGCUUUCAUAUGGCCGAUCGUACAUCAUGAUCUCGUAUUACGGCCUCCUCUGGGCUGUUAGUUUGUUCAACCUUACGUGGUGCGUCCUCCAGGUAUGCUCCUCCCCCGCCCUCUUUCCCCCUUGAUUUCGAGUUGAAAGCUGUUCAUUCCGUAAAACUAAAUAUUUGUUCAAACUUGUGUGAAUUUCGCGUAAUCUCUCAGAUAUGCUGCCUGAUUAGUCCCAUCGUUAGAUUGGACAGAGACCCUACCUCCGGUUGAUGGAUCAUUUCGCCAUUCCUUUGGUCUGUAUGGAUAGUGAUGUCGGGAAGAUCGUAAUUAGCAAUUCUCUUUGACUGCUACGGAGUUUCUCCGUAUUAGGGCUGUUCCUCUUUUGGAGAAGGUUGUUUCCUUGUGGAGGUCGCCCAUCUUGUCCUUGGAGGUUAGGGCUUGAGGGAAAGUACCGCUUCCAUCUUGUGGAGGAAGCGAUUAGUAGACCAACUUUUGAUCGUGACCAAUAGAAGUGAAUUAAUUUUAAGGGAGGAAGCCAAACUAAAAAAACGCAAUUUCCAGUAAAUUGCUAGGAAGAAGUACCUAUGUUGCGCAAAACUUCAUCCAAUAUGCUCCUUCUAUGAUGAGCAAUUCUGAGCUGGCAGUUUUAGAAGCUUAUCCUGUAAGCUCCAAUCAAUAAUGGGGAUGACAGCAACAUGUACUGAUAACGUAGAAGAUUUGGUGUCUCAUUCUAAAACCAUGCGACGCUUUUCCAAACAAAUCGAUUGACCAAUCUUGAAGUAUCAUCAUGAUCUGUAAUAUCCUAUCAACCGGAUAAUGCUUCUCCAUUGUGUCAUCCGAAGCAUGUUUGUCUAGUGCAUCUACCAUCCUGUAACAUGCCUUCAAAUUAUAAAAAAAUCCAAUACACGGUUCCUAUAUUAUAAAUCCACUUAGCAUGCGCAAGUAAAACAUUUAGACGAUACUGAUGGCCAUAGUUCUUUACUAACAGGUUUGAUCCUGAAAAACUGUUUCAGUGUCAUAAUUGCAUUUGGACAUAUAUCGCAUUGUGGUCUAGAUGUAUUUCAAUGGAGAGUAUUAUCUGUAUUUUUGCUCAUUUUUAAUGCAGGUUGUGUCCCAUUAUUUCCUUAAUUGAGAAAUUUUUGCCUGUAUUUUUUUUUCUUGCGGCAAUCAACAUGUUUCCACAUGUUUGUAUUGAACUUGUCCAAGAUGAUACAUUUGUGCACCAUGUUGCCUCUGAUGGACUGCACAUGUGGAGCUAGCCAAUUUCAAAUUUAGACAACCAUUCUGACAAUCUCAAGUUGAUUUGUCUUUUCUUUGAGAAGGGGCUAAUCAUUUUGCCUUUUAAUUUGUUCUUCAGUUUAUGCCAAAAUUAUUCAAAAUCUUGUAUUAUAUACUUGAUCAUCUUCACCUAUAAGAAUCGUCCAAACUUGAUCGCUUAUUGUUGAUAGAUCAUCAACACACUGCUUUAUUUCUUUACACGUACAGUUGCAAUUAUACUUCUCUACCCUUAGUUACAAGGAUGAAUACUAACACGAACAUAAGAUAUUUGUAAGAGAAGUUCGCUGGUUUUUUCUGGCAUUUAAUCUUUACUUUCUGUAAAUGUUUGUGGAUGUUUCAACAUGAAAAAAAAUGUAUUUAUAAUGAGAGAAGAAUACUGUCAUGUACCUUUUAUCAAAGUGAAAUAUCUGGUGCAGUAUUGGCAAUGUACACCGGGAAGAGAACUGAGUUGGAACCUUUUAACAUUGCUGACAACAUCUGGAUUGCUGUUUCUGGAGAUCAGUCUGGUGGCCUUCCUACUGCAAGGGAAUCAAGCAAGUGGUUUGGAGGCUUUAACACGCACAUUUGCCAUCUCUGGUGUCAUUGUUGCGGUGGAUGUCUUUCUCAAGGUACUUUUAAUAUUUCUCUGUGGCUCUAUUUUUUUUUCUUUUUAUCAUGUUACACACAUUUUACUUGUUCAAGAUACCCAUUGAUACUUUUGUUGAUAUCUCCAAUACCACGCAUGGUACAUUUGUUGGCAUCACAUGUGCAGCAUAUUAAGCUUCUCUAAGUUACUCUGACGAGUUAAUGUGUUCUUUAUUUGACCCGAGAGUUACUUUGAGAAGAAAUGUCAUGUUGAAACAAUUUGAUUGUCUAUGAUUUUUUACUGUGUAGUUUAAAGUUGGUUGAGUCAGAUUGAGUUCUUUUCGCUAGGUUUACGUUCAGGUGAGGUUCAAGAGGUAUUUCGAUGCAAUCAGGCGAGCAGGUACGGUUGAAGCUUGGGUUGGCACCCUCCCUAGUCGGUUUAAUUAGGACCUUCGGUUUUAGCCCAACAAACCCUAGUUCUAGUCCUAUGUUGAAGGCAUGAAUCAUUUAGAUAGAGAAAAUAAGAAAAGAAAGACCCUAACCUCAACUGAGAAAGAGAUACAUGAACUACACAACAAAAGAAAAACUGCGUAGAUUGCAUCGCUGUUCUUUUUUAUUGGACGAGGAUCUGGUAUGUGAAAUACACUGCAAACUAUAUUCAGCGAGGAGUUAAUUCUUCAUACACACGAUGAAGAAAAAACCCCCUCACUGGCGCAUGCUUACUGCUCUACGAUUGUAUUGUGGUACGACUGGAAUCUUCGUCAUAUUGAGCAAAGCCUUCUUCCCAAGGAUCAAAUAAUCCGUUUUUUCCUUGUUUCAAGAUGAGUUUUCCUAAGGUCGACAUAAUCAUUUUAGAAACAGAUGUCCCUGACCUAAUCUGCAACAAGGGAUUGGUGAUUACCCACUCAGUUUAUCAUUGAUUCUUCACCCCGGCAGUUAUCUGGUUCAUGGAAUUGGAAUUUCAGUGAACUUUGUCACUUUUGGGACACAGAAAACCCUUAUCAUACCCACUGAUUAAAUGACAAAACUACGCCGUAAUUUUAGUCGUCUAUAUUGACAAGAAUUCGUUAUCUGGUAGGUCCAUUUAAGGAAAAGGAAGCACACUGAAAAUCACAAUUAAUCCGCUGCAAAGAACACCAGUCAAAACAAAUCCUGAACGAUGCAUUAGUUCUCGCCUUUGUUGUCCCCUGCUAUCUUAUUAUCUUUUUUUAUCUCUAAUGAGAACCACUCCGGAAUCAGUUUAAAGGGAAGCGUUUGAAGACCUUGGCUGGUUUUUUAUCAUACAAGGAAGGAUACAGGAAAAGAGGCAAGAAGACAAAUCUGGCAAGUCCUCUCCGUUUCCUCUUCCAGUAAUCUGGAUGAUUAUAAGUCACGGCCGGUCCUGGUGUCUGUCCUGAUAACUCCAUUCUUGGAUGUUUUCAAGUUUUAGGGAGAGAGGGAGGGAGGUAGAAUGUGUGACGCACUCAGCAUUAGAUUGCCUAUGGACAUAAGAAUUCGGUUUUUUUUUAAUAUUCAUCUCUUUAUCUAAUUAUUUCAGUGGUCUCUUUUUCUUCUACCUUGCCUUUAUAUCUACUAUUUUACCGCAAGGAAACUUAAUUUAUUAUUGAAAUUACAAUUUUUUUCUUUAUCUCAAUUACUUCAGUCACUAUACGUCUUCGGUUUCGGUGUCCCCUUGUUCAUCGACAAUGGCACUGCUGCAAAUCGAGUGAAGUGGGGGUUGUGGGCCAUCCACAAGUUGCUUCUUACAGCUGUUUAUGGCAUCAUCGUGUUCAUGCACCAUUCCAAAUGGAAGGAGAGAUUACCUGGUGACCAUUUUUGCUUACACCCUCUUGUUCUAAUCUUACCCACCAUCUCUUCCGAUGUUCUUCAAUAAUUUAUUUUUAUCUUGCAGCAAGACCAAUGUUCUACAAAUAUAUCGUAUAUAUGUUCUUGUUAAAUGCCGCGGCUCUAUUUGCAUGUGGGCUUUUGGGGAAUGGAGGAGGUUUCAGCUUCUGGUACGCUUUAAUUCAUUUUUCAUAGUAUGUAAUGUGUAGAAAAGUAUAUUUUAUUUAACUUUUCUUUUCUUUUCUUCCAGGUUGUAUAAUCUCUCUAUCAUUUGUUAUCACUCGUUCUAUCCUCCACUUCUAUACAUCACAUUCCUGGCGGACUUUUUUCAGGUAUUCUUCAUCAUCUUCUAUCAUCAGAAUUAGGGCAUCCAGAAUCAUCCAAUCCCCAUUUGGGAAAACUCCAAUCCCUUCAUCUUGCGCUGAAAAUGGGCAAAUUGGGCAAUUUAGACUUGUUCUAGGCUGACCCGGUUCCAGUACAGCCAGCUAGAGUUAUCGCAUAUGUCGGGCUCAAGCAGCCUGAUAUCUAAACCACUGUCAUGGUGGGAUCAGACAUAUUGCCCAAUCCGAUUCAACCCUGUGAAUUGGUCUAUGUGGUUCUUGUCGUCUUAUAUUAGUUGACCAAACGUGGGUGAGAUUUAUUAUCAGAAUUUUUCAUUUUUUUCUUGGUUUUUUUCUUGAUAAAUCAAUAUUAUGAUGAACUCGAUGCUCAUAAAUGAGAUAUACCACCCAAAAUCUAGUUCAAUCCUUCAUGGAUUGGUCUGCAUGGCUGCCGAGUGGGCCUUUUAAAUAAAAAAUAAAAAAAUCGAAUGAACAUGUGUGGGAUUUAUCUGAUUUUGUGGUACUCUCUCGAUUGGUGUUCUUGAUAAUUCCUUAUGAAACAAUUUAAUUAUCGUGCAUCAAUUAUUCAUCGAUCUGGGGGGGCCUUCUUGGUGCAGGAGGAGGAUCUGAACUUGGAGAAUGCGUACUACUCGGAGAUGAAAGAUGCGGGAUUCUUCGAUGCUGACUGGGACUGA